CCUCAAUAGUUCAAUUAGGCCCCUGCUGUCUUUUUUCUUGGUUUUUUUUUAUGCUAGCUAGCUUCAUUUUACAGAAUAGACAUCAAAACUGGAAAUAGAUAGUUACCAAAACAUGAACAUCCUCGGUUGCAAUAUUUGGAAUUGGACCGUCAGUGUGAGAAGAGCUGCCAGGAUUUUUUCGUUUGCUGGAUUUUCGAUUGGUGGUGCUCAUGGCUUUCGAUGGAGAGAGAUGGGCAGAUGGCGAGUGGCGACUGCCGUCGACGAGGGGCGACAAUGGGGGCCCUGCGCCUGCACUGCUGGAAGCUGGAUGGUGGUGGCUGACUGGCUGUCGUGCUCUGCUCUGCUACCCCCGGCGCCGGCGGUGACUCAUGGUGCAGAGAUGGAGGGCGGCGACUCUCGACUCUCGAGACUCGAGUUGUUGUUGGGAGGCAGGCGUGGCGGCGACUGGAAAUCAGUGAUGGGAGGGCGGCGGCGACGGCGACUGAGGGUCGGGAGACGGAACGGAAUGGAGUUUUGGCUGCUGGUCGCUGGAGGGUCGGGAGACGAUCGAUUCGAAGGAGACUGGCUGGCGGCUGCUGGAGGUGGAGGGCGAGACUCGAGAGGCAGAGAGGAGAGGCAGAGGCCGAGAGGGUUAGGGGUUGUUAGGGCUUGUUUCGGUUGGGAUUGGGUCAUUGGGAGGCUGGCUGCUGGGCUGGGUUUCUUCAAUUGGGUUUGGGCUUGCAGCCCAGCCCUUGCCCCUUGGCCCAUUACCACUUACUAGCUUAUACAACAUUUCGGUUUACGGUUCGGAAUUCGGAAUUCGGUUUCGGGCGGUACCACCAUGUAUUCCGAAGUAGAAGGAUUUUGCAUCCGAAUUCCGAUCCGAAAUGAAGGAAAUUCGGUUUCGGUCGGUUCGGGGUCGGUUCGGUUCGGUUCGGAGAGUUAAAACCGGACCGAACGCCCACCCCUAUCUCAGAUGAUGCAGCUAGACUACCUCACGUUGAUAUGGGUCCCAUGUAACCUAUACUCAUCCAUAAUUUGCAAUUAGCGACGAUUUACAUUGAAAAAAUUUAAAUUGUUAAAAUAUGAUAAAGCAUGAUUACCUGUUUCCACCAAGGCUUAUCUAACUCAGAACGAUAAAACAGUAAAGAGUGCUCAGGUUGAUGAUCGUUUGUAUUUGCUCCUAUCCAUCUUGUAAGUAAAAGCAUUGAAUAAAUUUAAAUUUGGGCUAAGUAUGGAAUAAAUGUAAUUUAAAUCU